UAAUUUUUUGAAUCAGGACCCCUGUUUAAUCGGUCAAGCUCUGUCAUCAUAAAUGUGUAUUGUAAGUGACGCAUAUAAUCUACAUAAAACAUAGGUAUGAAACGUAUGAACCUUACCCAAAAGUGGUUGUUAGUGAUACUUGUUUGGAAAUUUUCACUAGCGUCUUCGGCAGCAAUAAGUUAUGAUGAAGGAUCUUCAUGCGGUUAUAAAUCUUGCAAUCCUGUUAAGGAUGGCUUUGUAAAUGUUCAUAUUGUUGCUCACUCUCAUGAUGAUGUUGGUUGGCUAAAAACUGUUGACCAAUACUAUUAUGGCAGUAAUAGUGACAAUCAAAAAGCAGGAGUUCAAUAUAUUAUUGAUUCUGUGGUUGACUCCCUUCUAAGAGACUCUUCACGAAGAUUUAUCUACGUAGAGACCGCUUUUCUGUGGAAAUGGUGGCUGGAUCAGAAUGAUAAAAUGAGAGCACAAUUCAAACAAUUAAUUGAAAAUGGUCAAUUGGAAAUAAUUAGUGGAGGAUGGAGUAUGAAUGACGAGGCUGUUACGCAUUAUCAAUCGAUAAUCGAUCAAUUUACUUGGGGAAUGAGAAAAUUGAAUGAAACAUUUGGAAAAUGCGCCCGUCCAAAGGUUGGCUGGCAAAUCGAUCCAUUUGGUCAUAGUAGAGAGAUGGCUUUCAUCUUCUCUCAAUUAGGAUUUGAUGGAGUAUUUCUUAAUAGAAUCGAUUAUCAAGAUCAAGAUAAGAGACGGAGCUCGUCAUCUCUAGAAAUGAUUUGGAAAAGUAGUGGAAGUCUAGAAAAUAACAGUGACAUAUUUACUAGCGUAUUGUAUAAUCACUAUUCACCUCCUCCAGGAUUUUGCUUCGACAUAUUAUGCAAUGAUGAUCCUAUAAUAGAUAAUCCGGAGAGUCCAGAUUAUAACGUCGAAAGAAAGGUCAACAGUUUUCUGCAAUAUGUAGAAACAAUGAAAACCAACUAUCGUACUAAUAAUUUAUUGAUAACAAUGGGUAACGAUUUUAACUAUCAGGAUGCCGACGUUUGGUUUAAGAACCUAGACAAAUUAAUAAAGUACGCUAAUCAAAGGCAAAAUGAUAGCUCAAAAUAUAAUCUGCUCUAUUCGACUCCAUCCUGUUAUUUGAAUGCAGUACACGACGAGUCGAGUAAAAAGAAACUGACGUGGCCUGUUAAAACAGAUGACUUUUUCCCUUAUGCGUCCGAUGACCAUUCUUAUUGGACUGGCUACUUCACCUCUCGUCCCACAAUAAAGCGAUUUGAAAGAGAAGGAAAUAAUUUCCUACAGGUUUGCAAGCAAUUAUAUGCCUUAGCCGGAUUAGGUUCAGAAGAGGAAGACAAUUUAAACUCACUGAGAGAAGCAAUGGGCGUAUUGCAGCACCACGAUGCCAUUACUGGUACCGAAAAGCAACAUGUUGCCGCUGAUUAUGCACGUUUGUUGAAUAGAGGAUUUAAUCAAUGUUCUACUGCCACCAAAACAGCUCUGAACAAAUUAGCAAACAACGAUACCAAUAACUCUUCAACUGCUGUGGAAUACCAACAAUGCCAGUUUAAUAUCAGCGAAUGCACUGUUAGCGAAAACGAAAAUAGUUUCGUGGUAACAAUUUAUAAUCCAUUGAGCCGUCCGGUUAAUAAUUACGUUCGUUUGCCUGUACUGCAUGACAAUUAUGAAGUCCAUGACCCUGAAGGAAAAAAAAUUGCCACGGAAACCAUUUCUUUACCCAAAGCAAUUCUUAAUAUUCCUGGUAGAGACAGUAAAGCCACUCAGGAGAUACUUUUCUUGGCUGAGAAUUUACCUCCGUUAGGAUUCAAAACUUAUUAUGUUUCCAAAACUGAAGGAGUUGUAUCUAAUAAAACUCAUCAAGAAUUUCAGGCAAAUCCAAAUAAAAAUAGUAAUGGAGACGUCGAAGUAACGAAAGGUGAUAUCGGUUUGACUUACAACGAAGAAACGGGUCUUUUGACAGGAAUAAAGAUGAACGGAGAAUACAUACCAAUUACUCAAAAAUUCCUUCUGUAUAGAGGAUUCAUUGGAAAUAAUGGAAAUUCAGCAAAUAGAUCAUCGGGUGCUUAUAUUUUUAGACCUAAUGAUUCGAAUGUGUAUACAGUUUCGGAAAAAGCCACUAUAGAAACUUACUUGGGAAGUUUAAUUGUCGAAAUUAGACAAACAUUCAGCGACUGGAUAAGUCAAACAAUUCGCUUGUACUGUUCGGAGAACUUUGUCGAAUUUGAUUGGAUUGUUGGACCAAUUCCGACCGACGGAGGUAACGGUAAAGAAAUUAUAACUCGGUACACCACAACUUUGAAAACAAAUUCGACCUUCUAUACGGAUUCCAAUGGUAAGGAAAUUUUAAAAAGAGUAAGAAACUUUAGACCAACGUGGGAUUUGAAUGUUUUUGAAAAUGCAUCUGGUAAUUAUUAUCCCGUCACAUCUAAAAUAUCAAUUAGAGAUGAAACAAAUGGUUUGGAAGUGGCUGUCCUUACCGACAGACCCGAAGGUGGAAGUAGUCUAAGCGAUGGUGAAAUCGAACUUAUGAUUCAUCGCAAUUGCUUUGCUGACGAUUCUUUUGGCGUUGGGGAAGCAUUAAAUGAAUACGCCUAUGGAAAAGGUUUGGUGGUUAGGGGUUCGCAUUAUUUUAGUUCCGGGUCAUUCUUAAAAUUAACAGGAGAUCAAACCUUAGCUUCUCAACAGAAAGAUAUAGCACAACGUAAGCUACUGAGAGCGUGGACUUUCUUAGCUCCAACCGACGGUCUUUCUUUCAAGGAAUACAAAGAGAAACACGUUUUACAGUACGAAGGACUCGUCAAAGCUUUGCCGAAGAAUGUUCAAAUCCUUACGCUUGAGCCUUGGAUCGAUCAAUCGUUUUUGCUUCGAUUAGAACAUGUUUUCGAAGUAAACGAAGAUCCCCAUUGGUCGAGCAAUCAAAUCGUUGAUCUCAAUGACAUUUUUACAUCGUUUGAAAUAACGUCAAUAGAAGAAACGACUCUUGGCGCAAAUCAGUUAUUGAAAGAAAACGAACGUUUAUAUUUUACUAGAGAGACGAACGAAUGUCGAUUCGAUUGGAAAAACGCAAAUAAAAUAUAUGACGCCACCAAAAAAUUAAAAAUUGAGCUGAUGCCAAUGCAAAUAAGAACUUUUAUUAUAGAUAUUAAAAAGAAGUAGAUAAAUGACGAAACAGUGUACUUAAAAAUCACAAACGGUUUUUAUUGA